UACUGAAGACGUAGGAUGAUUGGUGAUCUCACUUAAUGCCUUACGGAAACUGCUUCGUAUUUUCUUUCCUAAGUGGUUCUGAACGUUUCUGACAUCAUAUUCAUGUUCGCCAGAGUGAGUUCUAUCUACAGUAAUAUUUUAAUGCCAACUAUUUUUUUAAUACAUACGAAUAUUGUGCUCUGCUCUCGUAUAAAUAUCAUUCCAAACAUUGAUAAACUUAGUUUUAUUAACUAAUUAUAGAAGCAUUUAUCCGUCAUUUUAAGUCUACUAAAGAAUCAAUUUUAACACUAUGUUAAAAUAUGUUUUUUAAUAUUGAUAUUUCUAGCACACUUAAUACCCAAUAUUUAUACUAGUUAAAAUGAAAAGGUAUUCUAUUUUCGUAUACCCGCUGCAUGUUGUUAUAUUUCAGUUAAUAACCUUUUGUCAAAGCUGCAUGUUCAUAUUUGUGUAACCAAAGUUAAAAAUAUUUUAGUUUGCACACUUAUUACAAAAAUAAAAAACUUUUUAUAUAAAGUUAGAACAUUUCGAUAUAUUUUCAAAUGUUAAUUGAAAUUAAACCGGCUUCCACAUUUAUAAAAUAUAUGGGAAAAUAGUAAUGCUGAUCAAAGCUAUCUGACUGACUAAUGCUAGAAUGUUUGGUUUUGUCUUUUUUUCCUAAAUAUUUUCAUAUCUAGAAACAAAACAGUUCAAAAAAAACAUUUGCAUUGUCAAACUAUAGUAACAUUUCUUUCAAUUAGUAAUAGCAUGUCUGUUGUUUGUCUAAUUGUUUCAAAAAUAUAUAUAUUUUUUUUUGUUCAAUCAUAAUUAUUUGUUCUUAACAGAUUGUUUUAGUUCUUUUUAAAAUAUUUUAAAAUUUAUUGUUCGCUCACUAUUCUAAGAAUACCAUUUUGUAUUGACAGUGAUCAUUGGUCGUAAUUAAUACUGUCAUUUUCUCUUUGGAGGCUUUUUGAUUUCUCUUGCUGUUGCUGCAAUAAAGCCACAAUUUGUUUUGAACAAUAUUCUAAUUAUAAUUGUCUAUUAUUCUAACUUAAUGAAAUAUUGCGAUCAGUUAGUUGUAUCUCAGUGGACAUCUUAAUAUAAAAUUGAUUAAAUUACAACUGUAAAUUUGAGAACAUAUAUUUGCCCAGUUUUUAUAAAUCAGUGACGUCGUUCAAGAAAUAAGACAUGACGUUAAUUGUGUACGCAUGAAAAUAUGAAGAAAAUAAGGGAUGCGUAUGUUGUGUGUGUGUGUGUUCGUACUCACUAGAAACCAAAUUGAUUAGCUCAACAUGAAACAUAAAUAUUUCAGUUUUAUUAUUUGUUCAAAUGAAAUAAUUAUACUUAGUUAUGUCGUAUGACUGACACUCAUAAAUUUUGUGUUUUAUUUUAUUUUAUCUAGGAGUAAUCGUGAAAAUCAAUUUUAUGAAUAUACUUUAAUUAUAUCGAAUGUUACAUUUGAAGAUGAACAAGAGUUGACAAUCAAUGUCAAGUCAAAAAUUCCAAAUAAAAAAAAAGUAAAACCAAUCGUUAUUGGUGAUCCACUUGCUUAUUUUUCAUUUGUACCAGAACAAAUACCACAUGGUUUAAAAUGGCGAAAUAAUUUUCAUAAUGAAAAAAUUUAUUCCUAUGGUAUCUAUGAAAAUGAAAUAUAUCGUGUUAUGUGUUCUGUUCAUCAUCAAUCUGAUAUUGGAAAACCAUUAGAUGUUUAUAUUUUAAAACGAAUAUGUAUCUUUGAUGAUUGUUUAUAUAAUCUUAUUGACAUAACAUCAUGUGAUAAUAGAAGAAAUAAUUGGAUAAAAAUGACUGUAAAUAUUUAUGAAAUAGAUAAAUUUCGUACACAAUUUACUAGUCUUGAAAGAGAAACAAUUACAGAUUAUGAUAUGGGUCAUCAAUAUCUAUGUUGUUAUAAACAUAGUCUCAUGUCAAAAGGUGUAACAGUCAUGGCAAAUGAUCGAAGUAUGUUUGUUGUUAAAAAGCCAGAAUUUAGCUUAGUAGCAGGUGACAUAUUAAAAUAUAGUUGUCAAGCACAUGAACUUAUUUAUGAUGAAAUAGUGUUUUUAUAUAAUGAUGGUAUUUAUACUUAUGAACGAAAACAUAUUGAAAAUGAUUGGAUACUUGUGGGUACAAGACAAAAAAAACAAUUAGAUUUACAAUGGUCUGCAACUUCAGGUGAAAAAAUUCAUGAAAUGAUAGUAAACGUAUCAACAUCUCAAUUAGCAACAUCUGAUAGAGGUUUUAUUCAAUGUAAAGCGACAUCAAAACGUAUCGAUGUUAUACCAGAUAUUACAGAUCGAUACACGAUUAAUGUUGAUGAUCCUUUACCAUUGACUUUUAAUGAUAAACGUUCAAAUGUACUUAAAAUUUUUCGUCAAAGUGGUACAGACAUUCAUCUAGAUUGUAGUCAUCAAGGACGGCCACAACCAAAAGUCAUUUGGCUCAAAGGAAAACAACUAGUGAAAUAUGAUCCAACAAUAACAUUUGGACCGAAUAAUAGCUCUUUAAAAAUAAAUCGUCUACAAGCAUCAGACACUGGAUAUUAUACAUGUGAAUUAAAUAAUGGUCGAGAUCCCAUUCUAAAACGAAGUUUUGAUUUAUAUGUAAAAGGAAAUUAUCCUGAUACACGUUAUCGUCGAUUUGGAGCGAUACUUGGUUUUAUUUGUGCAUUUCUAUUAUUAUUAAUGUUAAUUUUACUUGUCAUUGGUGCUAUUAAAUAUCAUCAAAUGAAACAGAAAGUUGAAGGCAGUCAAUUUACUCAACAAAAACAUAAUCGUGCAUCACAAUUAUUUGAUGAGAAUCAACAAAUAAUUAAACAACUUAAACUUAUAUCAUUACCUGAAAAUUUUGCAUCAAAAAAUCAAAUUAAAUCUUUAGUUAGUCAAGUUAAUGAAGGUUAUGAAACCGAUUCAAAUUCAAGUGAUUUCAAGAAACUUGGUGAAGGUCAAUUUGGAGUGGUGUAUAAAGUUCGUUUACCUGAUAUCGGUUUAGUAGCUGCUAAAAUGUUACCAGAAUCAAUUCGAAAUGCUAACAAUAGAAACGAUAAAGAAAAGAAAGAUAAGGAAAUGGAAACUCUCAAUAAUCCAGAUUUAUCAAAAAAGCAAAAAGUAACAGAAAUGUUAAUCGAAGAAUUAAAAGUGUUGGGAAAAGUUGGACAACAUUUUAAUAUUGUUGGUUUGAUAUCAGUUGCAUAUCCCAAAACACAACUUAAAUCACUUUUUUCUGGACCAAUGCGUGAUGAAGAUUCAUUUUAUCUAAUGGAAUUAUGUGAAAAUGGUUCUUUAGAAUCAAUGUUAAAAAAAUUCAACGCUCAUGAAUACAAAGAUAAUAAUUUGGAAACAAAACCAUCAUUAUAUGAAACAUUAUCAACAACUACAGCUGGAAUUACCGUAGAACAAGCUAUUAUUAUUUCCAAUUUAACAACUGAUGAUUUAAAAUUAAUAUCGUACCAGGUGGCAUGUGGUGUAGAUUAUUUAAAUCGUAAACAAAUAGCGCAUAGUGAUAUUGCUCCAAGAAACGUACUUGUUACAGAUAGAUUUAUAAUGAAAAUUUGUGAUUUUGGCUUGGCAGCAUGGACAACUUACAAGAAUUAUAGUGAACAAUUGUCAACGGGUAGUGUUCAACUUGAAAAAAAACAUAAUAGUACAGCUACACAUAAUUUAACACCGGAAUUAGCUACAGCAAUGUUACGUAAUUCAUUGAAUAAUCGAGAUGAAAACCUUCUACUGAAUAAAUCGUCAAUGAAAGCUGAUGUUUGGUCAUUUGGAAUAUUUUUAUGGUGUCUAUUUCUAAAAUGUAAAUAUCGUCCAUUUAAUCAAAUUCAUGCUCAAAUGCCGUUUCCAUCUGAUUCUGAAUAUAUGGCGCGAUUACUAAAAAUACUGAGUACUGGACGAGUAUUGGAAUAUAUCGAUUAUCAUUCUGAAAUUCCAAAAGAAAUCUAUGCAAUUAUUUGUGUUUGUUUACGUGGAGAAUCUGAACGUCCUGAAAUGAACAAUAUUCGUGCUCAUCUUUGUCAUAAGAAAAUGUUAUCAAAACAAGCAUUCAAUUAUUAUAAAACUGAAUAUAAUCGAUAUAAGGAAGCACAAUCGAACGGUAGUAAUGUGGAAGUUUUUGGUGAUGUUCAAGGUGAUGAAUUACCAAAAUUUAUUGAAAAUGAUGUAACAGACGGUAAUAGUGAUCGUCGAUCCGAUGUAGAUUAUCGUGAUGAUCGACAACAAAAACAACGAGAGGAUUAUAGUGACUAUGUACAACCAUCAGAAACAAGUGAUAAUUCAACUAGACCGCUUUUAUCAAAUUCAUUUCGUAAUACUAAGGAUUAUAAUGAGAAUGGUUCAUAUUUAGAUCCAAUUAAUGAAAUUAAAAAGUUACCUGUACGUUCAGAUUUAAAAGAUAGUCAAUAUGGCAAUAGAACAGAGAAUGUUCCAUUAAUGAAAAAUAAUUUGAUGAAUAAAACACGAAAUGAUUUGGGAAAUAUAAAAGUAACAUAUAAUACUCCGCCAUAUAAUCAGCGUUUAACACCAUAUCUGCGAGACGAUGAUGAUAGUUAUCUCUAA